CCGUAUUUGAAGUCGCCCCCAUGCAAUCAGGUUGCUACGACACAUCUAUCCUCUCUGGAUCUUACCUAGUGUCAACGUCUUAUCCACCCGACUGUCCUGUCGAGUAUCACGAUGAGACUCAGGGAUAGUGUUCGCCCUCCUCAGAGGCUCGAAAGUGAGCUGUUUUAUCAGCCAACUCCGCAACGCUCACUGCGACGCGCCACGACGCCUGCGCGGCCACCUUACAUCGAUUUCAACCCAAAUCUACCGCCCGCAGCCUUUCCAACACUGAGCACUCCGCGUCGUCCAGGGGAGAUACAAUGCCAGUCUCGGGAGAAUGAUCAGAGGAAUAAGGACCGUGAUGGUGAUAUUCAGAUGGAUGAUGCAUCGAGCUCGCCUCAGAGAACACCGUAUCGUCAUGCGGAUAGAGAACUGGAUGAUGAAUUGGAAGGAAUUCCAAUCGAAGAUAUGGAUAACUACCUUGCGAGCAACGGGAUUCAAAACACCGUGUACAACAGAAACAUGGCUAUCAUGGCCGAAUCUGACCAUGAAUCAUCAACAUCAACUGCUGUAGAUGACAUGGACGAGGAUAUGGCAGACAGCGGGGGUGGUAACGAAACAGGAAGACUGGACCUGCAGCCGCUGACUGACCCUGAAUGGGGAGAUCUCUCCCCGAAGCUUCAAGUGGAGAUCAUAGAGAACAUGUUGGAGGAACACUCAUGGCCUAAGAUCAUUUCGAUGCUUGGCUUGACGUUUGAACAGGACGAACAGACUCGGAAUCAUAUCGCCAAUCGCAACAGACAAGUCGAGGAAGAGAAUGCUCAACUGGGAGAAAUGCGAGCGAAACAGCUGGAGGCUCUGAUGCGCAUUGAUAAUACUGCUUUGAGACGAAACAGCCCUCCUCUUCAGCUUGUUUUCCGGAAGACAUCUAUACGGCAUAGGAGAAACCUCAAAGAAGGAACUGAGUCUGACUACUUACUAUGUAAAGCUGGAGAAGUCUUGACUGCACGACGGUUCCUCCAUAAGCGUGGAUUAGAUCCACUAUUCGCAGGCCGAUGGGGAAAUGAAAUGGCAGUGCUGCAGAGCUCUGUUAAUAAAUCAGAGCCGGAUAGAUUGCAUUGGAGAUGUGAUAUGGAAUCGAACUUGCAAACAGUUUCAGCCACGCCGCUCCCAUUUGCACGAAGCCCCCGCAGUGAUCCCGAAGUCGAGUGUUCCCCAAGUCUGCGGACGAACGGUGAUGCCAUUCAGACCCAGGUGGAUUUCAUAAACGGAUUUUCAAUGGAGAGCACUGUCGACCCUUCUGAACUGCGGAUUCGCAAAGGAGAUAUGCUCUCGCCUCCUAAGCAAGCAACGGCUAUUUCCCAACAACCUCCUCCGCGGCAUGGAGUACUGAGACUCAGAAUAGGCGUAGAGCGGGCUGCUAAAAUUCGACAUCUCGAUAUGCUGGCAGCUCAGACAGGCCAAGGGCUUGUGGAUACUGGGAGCACUUCGAGCCAGUGUAUAACACAGCCCAGACCUGGCGGUGAGCGCGAGCAACCUUCGAGGAUGAAUCACAAUACGAGUGUCCCUCAAGGAGCUUCUUCUGAGUUAUCUGAGCAGCCCAUCCUAAGAGCACUGGGAGGCUCUUGGUCGUAUAACUCUAUUGAAGAGAACUCCGAUGUUACGGUUACCUCAUCUGGAGAGGUUAGACAGAGAUUGGAGGCAGCAAGGUCAGAGGCAUGCGAACGUGGGAGGGAAACAGAGACUCCCGCGCAGAGCGAUCAUCAGGUUAGCAUAUCGCGAAGCAGUCCGCUCCAGGCUCCUGCAGACUUUCCAAUUCGGGGACAUUUGCAACGCCCACCGGCACCUUCCCUUGGAGAAGCGUUCUUCGAAUCACGGCCCGAAUUGGUCGCGAAAGCGAAAACUUUCACUAUGAAGAUUCCAGAAAAGGUGAAGCAGGUGCAGUUCGAAGAAAGUAUUGGUGGGUCAAUCGCAUCUUCUAUUUCGAAGCACCGUUUCCCUCUCGAGAACCCUACUGAGGCUAAUAACUCGGACUAUGGGCCAGAGUAUUCGCCUAUCACUCCUCCUGGUCAGAAUAUCCCACCAAAGAUGGACAGCCAGCAAGAACAGGGUGCUAUAGUCGCUUCUGUCCAGAAGCUUGAGUGCAAGGACGCUGAGAUCGAGGAGCAGAAAACCCUCCCCACAGAAAAAACGCAACCGAAAGAGGAUCUUCCUAAAGACGAUGUCGAUCACCACCAAAUGAACAUGCAGAACGAUUCUACCCUUCCCAACGAACCUCAACACUCUCCCCAUCAGCAGGAGAAUGAAUUACGAGAGAAUGGGCGUCCUGGCGAACGGGGGAUGCCUGCAGCUGGUGAUUCAGUAGAGAGUCGGGUCCAGCCACGACCGUUGAGGCUCAUUCUCAGACAUAGAGGACAGCAGAGGCAGAGUCGCCUCCCGAUCGUCCCGCUGAAGUCACGUCUCAGCCCAAAACCAGCAAAAAUCCCCGGAGGAAAUCGGCUCCUGCGACAUCGACAAAACAGGCUUUUACCAAGAAAGACACAAAAAGAGAACCGACGAGACGAAGCGAGAGGUUGAAUGGACCGCCAAAUCAGCGUGUCCUUCGUCAACGAACCUAAUAGUCUUUGCUCUUUAACUUGAAACCGUGAGAUGAAGUU